UUGUUGCGGUGCAUUUCUCUCACGUGGGAACCGCCUGUGCUAUACCGCACUGUUCACAAACGACCGCAGUGUCGAAAACACGUAAUGACUCCUUAAUUUCUUAUCACACGUCUUGUGAUAUGAAGCUAAAGCAUGUAAGGUGAACUGAAGUUUCCCGGUGAUGACUGUUUAGUGAUGAUCAAAUAUAUUUAGUGAUCGAAAUCUUAUUCUCAUAAAAUAAUCGGAUAUAAUGGCUUUUAUGAUGUUGCCAGUAUUGCUGCUUGCUGGCUUAGCGAGGUAUAAUUGUGAACCCGUUUCCGGCUUUAACUAUGCUAAUGGAAAUGGCCCAUCACAGUUCGGAGAUCUCUUAAGACCGCCGCCACCUCCAUUAUCAAUAGCUCCGGUACCUUUUCACGGAGGGAAACCACAGCAACAAAUUAAGGACUUCAGAUACCAAUAUCAAACUACUUACCCUCCUGCCAUUUCAACAAUUCCCCCUUCUUCGGAGUUCAAAUUCCCCGCUCCUUUUUACAAGCAAUACAACUUUAACUUUGUUCCUCAACCCCAACCUUUUACGACCACCCCUUCACCAACCUUUUUCCAGAAAAUAUCCGGAUGGCUUUUCCCUUCUCAACAAACUAAUUCCGAUGGAUCCAAAAUUAAUCUUGAACCAUUCAAAAAAGAUUGCAAUCCUUGCAAUUUAGUGCCAUGGGUUCCAGUGAUAAAAUAUAACUUAGGAAAUAGAAACGUUCAAGAGAGCAACAGUCCAACGUACGGGCCUUCCACUCCGACUUCUGUGGCCCAAAACGUAGUACAAUAUCGACCCCAAUCAUUCAAUUUCCAAAGAAGUCAAGAACAAAAGACAAAUCAAGUAAACAAACCUCAUAUAUCUUAUGGUGUACCUGAAAAAUCUCAUUUAAGUGGAUUUCCAAGUUCAACUUAUGGACCUCCAAGCGAUACUCAGCAAAUAUCAAUAUCAGCACAAAAUUCUUUAAGUUCUAUACACUCAUCCAGCUCUUCAUAUGGUGUUCCCAAAACGUUAACCCCAAGUUCUUCAUUUCGGCAAUUAAGUUCAUCUCACGACCUACCUAAUACGUACAGUUUCACAACUUCUGCAUACAAUCCAAAAGUUUAUGGUACACCAUCUAUUGCCUUUGAUUUCAGCCAACAGGUGACAACACAUUCUCCAGUACAUUCAAAUAACAUUCCAGGAAAUAUAAAUCAGUCACCAGUUGGACAUGAUUUGGAUAUUUUAAAUAUUGUGACACCUCCGAGUCAUAUACAGUUACCCAAUGUAGGGCAUCCGAAAGGUUUUAAAAAUUCAUAUGGUGAAGAUAUUAGUAAUACUAAUGCACUGAAUAUACCUUACUCAUUUAAUUCGUUGGAAGCUGCAUCAAGUAAAAUUAAUACGCAAGUUGUCAAAUCUUUUGAAACUAAUGUUUCUAUCGCACUGGCCAAUCCUGCUCCAUUUACCUUAAAUAAAGGAAGGAAUAUUCAUACAUUGCAACCAGUUGCUCUCCCAAAUUUAAGUGUUUCUCCUUUGCCUCCUAUUUUCAAUGCACGACCUUUCCGACCAAUAACCUCGUCAUUCCCAACAGACAUAAUAUAUGGAAUAAAUCAAAUGAAGAAAACAUCCGAUAAUGUUAAUGUAGCGCAAAGCGUUCCUAUUGCAGAAUUUGUACAUUCAAUAGAAUAUCCAACAACAAUUAUUCAAUCUCCUGUCAUAGAUAUAGACGCUACAAAAAGUGCUAAUCAUAAUAAAACCUACAGAAAUAUACCGAACAGUUACGUAAUAGAUGAACCCAGAGAUAUUACCCCUCAAGCUUCAGAGGAUCAUAUUUCAUCAGCAAAGAUAAACCAAGAUGUUAGCUUUGAAACAACUGGCCUUGAAACGGGUAACAAUCUCUAUGAAAGUAACUUACCUACAGAUAUGAGACAGAAUUCUCACAUUCCAUUAAAUCAUAGACAAGUAUUUGCAGACUUAAGGGGAGUAAACGACGAAGACCAAGACAGAUAUAGAACAGAAAGUAACCUGCAACAUAUUGAUUCCCCGCUUCUUUACUUAAAACCGAGCGCACCACAUAAGAAUUUUGAAAAUUUUGUAACAGCACCUACUACAUCAUCAUCAAUAAACAUUGGCCUAAAUGAUUAUGAAAUUUAUGACGAGAUUGUAACACGUGCGCCAAUUCAGCCCACAACUGAAUCUAAAUAUGAUACGCGGCAAAAUAAUCAAAAAGAUCUAUCAACUGCACCAGACGGUCGGGAAAGUCAACCGAAAAUUGUACAAAUAAUUGUACCUUAUGUAACUGAACAAAGUAAAACAAGUCACAAUAAAGAAAUGCGUUCCGUUUCUCAAGAAGCUCAACCUUUCGUGACAAAAGAAGAACAUCUGGGAAGAAAAGUGCCUUCGAAUACAGAGAUAUCAUACUUUAACACUGCUACAGAAACGUCCACAUUUCCAACUACAACGACAGAACACAUUUCAGCGGUGACAGAAGAAAUAAAUCAGACACCGACAGUCUUGAACGAUUUCUACGAUGUUAAAGAACCACCAUUUGAUAUUAUUAAAUUACAACAUACUAUUGACGACUGGACUGAACAAGAAUAUUCUAAUCAUUAUUCAACACCUGAUAGGACUAGAUCUAAUGAAAAACACGCUAAACAAAUUCCUGAUGAUUUUUUCACGACAGUAAAUCCACCUCAAGAUCAUAAAACCACCGAAUAUAAUUUCGAGGAUUAUGACCACGAAGGUUCGAGCAGCGUCCAACAUUCUGUCACUGAAACAAGAAAUAAUACUUCAUCAAAGUCAAUAAAAGAAUAUAACAUAAUAGAGAGAACUAAAAAUAAACAAUUAAUAGAAAAAGGGGAAGAUCCAGACGAAAAUCAAAAACCUCGCAUUUACACUGCAGCGUCAUCUUUUCGCAGUUCAACAACAACACCUGCGCCGUGGGGUUUGAUACAGACAUCAAUAUCGCCACUAACCAAAGAAAAAGUUUAUGUAGUGACAUCAAAACCUUGGAGUGAUAAAACUCAAACUACAACCGUUCAGGAAACAGAAACAGAACAAAAGUUUGAAUCCAAGAAGAUUAAUAGUAAUAAUUAUGAUGAAUUCACGUUGGACAACUUUCCAUUUACGUCACCGAGAUUCUCGAAUCGUCCUUCCUUUGGAUUCACUGGCUCCGGUCCGAUGUCUUUGGAUUCUAUAAAAUCAGAUUCAUCCUACGGCUUUUCCAAAGGCUGGCAUCAAAGCAUAAACAAUUUGCGUAGUCUUUACGCUAUCGAAAGCACGCACUCAUCGGAAGGUUCUGACUCGUGAUGACAGUUCAAUUAACACGAAUAAGGUUCCAGUGAGAAAUGAAGAAAUUGAAGAACUAUUAUAUUCAGGGACAUUCAAAGUCACAAACAAAACCAAAUAAUUAGGAUUGUGUGUGUGAAAUUGACAGUGCAAGACAUUUGUGAUGUGUAGAAAAUGACAAAGACUAUAAAUAAUUAUUAAUCAAUUAAUGUAUCUAGUUAUAGAAUACAACGCUAAAGUGGGGUUCCACGGCUGAUAAAAUCAUACAUAAUAUAAUCCCUCGUAUCUGAGGAACAAAGAUUUUUUUAUUAUUCCUUCAGCAGUAGAAUCUCACGGUUAUAGAACAAAUUAAGGAGAACACGAAAUGAACGUGUUCUCUUUUAUUUGAUCCUAGUAUUUACAUGCAGAUGAAUUGGAAGAUUGUAUUGUAUUUAACUUUUAUUAAUUUGAAAAUACAAUAAAUUUUCAAGGUUUUCAUUUUG